UAAAGGUCCAAGCUCUUCCAUCUGUAGUGUAACAGUGUAUCAGCUUGUAUACAAACUACAUUUGUAACCAUCAUGUCUGGCAGAGGGAAAACCGGAGGCAAAGCCAGAGCAAAGGCCAAGUCCCGCUCCUCCCGGGCCGGACUCCAGUUCCCGGUGGGUCGAGUCCACAGGCUACUGCGCAAAGGCAACUAUGCGGAGCGCGUCGGGGCCGGGGCUCCGGUGUAUCUGGCGGCCGUGCUGGAGUACCUGACCGCUGAGAUCCUGGAGCUGGCGGGCAACGCAGCCAGGGACAACAAGAAGACCAGGAUCAUCCCCCGGCACCUCCAGCUGGCCGUGCGCAACGACGAGGAGCUCAACAAGCUGCUGGGAGGUGUGACCAUCGCUCAGGGAGGAGUACUGCCCAACAUCCAGGCUGUCCUCCUCCCGAAGAAGACGGAGAAACCGGCCAAGAGCAAGUAAAAGACUCCCCGCAGGCCCCGGACAAAGGGCUCGCCCCGGAGCCAGCCACUUUUUUCAUAUCAGUGUUCGUUUUUUGGAUGAUCAAACCUUUCAAAUAGGGGACAGUGUGUGUUGUUGCUGUUUCUACAAUGAAAGCAUUCACUCGCUUCUCAUCGGGACUAUUCAUAGACUGCUCUGUCGCCACUGUUGUGUUGUCGGCUCCGGAAAAUGGAGGCGCUAUCUAAAGGCUGGGGAUGAAGGCCGGAAAAAACAGUUCUUAAUAUGGACCAAUUCUAAAGGGAGGGGGGUGAUUUCGUUUCACAAAGCUGCUACAAACGUUACAAUUUGUUGUAUUGUUUUAUGUCAUGUUGUUUCAAUAAAUGUCCUGUGGCCGUUUGGCACAGGAGCGAAUACA